AUGAGGGAGAGACCCAGCACAUCUUCAGGGCCCAGUUUCAGUAAAUCAGCUGGCUCGAGGUUCAACUUCGACAAAAGGUUAUCUAAGGACGACAUGGCCCUGGCUGGUCAGAUGGGUGCGGGCAAGGCAAAGGGUCUACAGCCGAACUCUAACGGGACCAAAGUUCCCUGGGUGCGUAGCGCGGAGCCCAGUCCGCAAAGGUCGCGGAUGGCUUCUCCUUCGCCCAUCAUAACGCCGGCCGCCAUUCUUCCGACACCUCAGUCUUCGGUGUCCGGGAAGAUUCAGAUUGGGAUGGCGUUGGGGAGCCCAACCCAGGAUUCGACUCAGAAUGCCGGGAGCCCUUAUGUUGACAGACCCCUGGCCGGCUGGCAACCGCGAUCGCAGCCAUCAAUCCACACCAGCACUGUGCCUUCGCCCCUACAGACGCCAGAGCCUUUAGUGCGAAGGACAAAGACGCAAAAGAGGAGGCUGUUUGGCUCACUGUUCGGAGGCAGAAAGAACACAGAACCACCCAAGCCAGUGGAAGCUUCCGAGCUCAGUCGCAGCAAUUCGUCUAUACCUAAGGAGAACCCCGCUCUCGCCAGGAGUAGCACUGUCGCCAGCAGGAAGACGCCGAAGCACACGCCCAUCAUCAUCAAGCCGACGAUAGAGCUAUCGGGCCCAGUUGCCCAGGACUCAAGUUGGCAGGGCCCCUCAGAAUCCGUUCCUUCUGUCUCCAAUAGUGGUGUCGGGUUCCUCAACGUCGACAUUCCAGAUAUCAGGCUAGAGCGGUACAGCGUCAUGUUCAGCGGCGUGCUGAAUCCAAACGGAACCAAAUCGUCCCUGUUGGAACGACGGCAGGCUACCUUGAAGAAACUCAAAACCCUCAGCGACAAAAUAGAAACCGAAGAGGUAAAAGAGAAGACGAGACCGCGCAGGGCGACAUCGCCACAACCCACCAAGUCGCCUGCCUUCUCACUCUUCCCGCAAACGCCUACCAGGCAGUCGGGGAUGGUCGGUUCCUCAGGGGCGGUGAUGGCCUUAACGACGUCGUUGGCACCCGCCCGUGGUCUCACCAGGUCAAACACGUCGCCCGCUUACCUUCCGUCGCCAUCCAGGGCCAGCCUCGAGCCGCCGCCUCAUGGUUCGCCGGACCAGGCAAAGAAGGACAGGAAGACGGUCACCAUCGUCUCGCCGCGGACCAUGGAUGAGUUCCACCGGACGGCCCAGGUCGAGAAACUCCGCGAGCUGCAGCGGUCUCACAUACAAACAGGGGGAAGCUUCCACUUCCACCCCAACGAAUCCAGCCUCAUCCUCGACUCCCCAGUGAGCGACUCGUCUCCGUCCUCUUCCGAAGACGAAGACGAAGACGAAGUGGACUACACAACCCACCGUCUGCGCCAGCUACCCGCUUCCCUAAGACCAUCGCUCCCCGAACCGCAAUGGGAAAUAAUCACCCCUCCGUCUUCCACAUCAGCCAGCACCAACCCUGGUUCCAUUCAACCGACCCACGCCAACACCAGCAUCGCACCAACAGCCAGCUCGACGAGCACAACAACAACACUGUUUCGUACCAAACGCUCCCCAUCGGCCUCCACCGCCACCUCGGCAUCCUUGUCUACUUCAUCCUCCUCCACCCUCUCGUCGCGCCCAUCCCUCGACAUCGGCUCGUCCACCCGCAUCUCGGUCGACGAGCAAGACGCGGCGCUGAAGGCCGCCGUCGAGAUAUCGAUUGCGCGGCAAAUUAGCAUCUCGAGGCAGCAGAGGAAGAUGCUGAUGAGGCCUCAGUUUGGCCGCGCAUCCGGGAAUGGUCUGAGGGAAAGGAGUGCGACGGUAGGGAGUGGGACACCGCAGCAGCAGCAGCAGCAGCAGCAGGUUAUGGUUGGCGGGGUAGUCAAGGGGAGGGUGACGCCUGUUAUGACGAUGAUAGCCGGGGAUCGGAGGAGUGAGAGGGUUGUGCUGGAUGUUGCCGAGUGA